UUUCCUGUUGCUUUCUCACCCUUUGCUGGCAGGAAGUUGCGGAACUUACUAGUUUCAGUUUGUGUUCGGUCUCUUGGUGCUAGAUUCGCGUUGGCCUUGGGGGGCUUCUCUGUAGACGGGGGUCUUAUCAUGGGGACGUAGGAGACGACAGAACUAUGGCCUAUCCGGAGCCUUCCCCUGCCUUGGUGGCUACGCUCAUUCUAACUCUGGCCUGGGUGUGGGCUGAGGAAUGCUUGGGAGUAGCCCCAAACCCAGAUACCCAACAAAUCCAUGGGACAGCCCUGGGGAGAAAGAAGAGGGAGCCAAAGUGUCAGGUGGGAGCAUACCUACACUCCAACAGGACCCACUGCUGCAUGAGAUGCCACGCAGGGACUUACUUGGCAGAAGACUGUCAGUCAGACAGUCUUGCGCCCAACUGCAUGCCAUGUCCUAAGGGCACGUUCACGGCUACGGAUAACACUUUGAGGAAAUGCAUUAGUUGCCAACGGUGCCGUUCAGAAUUACAGCAGAUAACACUGUCUAAGUGCACUGAAAAGAAGGAUACAGUCUGUGGCUGUCUGCCCAACCAAUUUCAGAGCGAACCCAAUACUUUAUUCAAAUGUAAGAACUGCAGCCCAUGCCACAACGGGACCAUCCUGAAAAACUGUGCAAAGGACAGUGACACGAUCUGUGUAUGUCACCCUGGAUACUUCCUACACAAAAAUAACUGCAACCCUUGCAGCAGCUGUAAUGAAGAAGAAUGUAAGAAGGUCUGUGCCGCAAUACCGAGUUCCCCCUCAGUGAAGAAUGACUACUGGAGUACGCAGGGUCAUACCAACUUACUCAUUGGCCUCGUUGUUGUGCUUGCAGCUAGCCUUGGGCUGCUCUUUGCAGUUAAAUUGAUCAAGCAAUACCGUCAAAGAGUGACAACGGCUAUUUUUUACUCAUGUGUUUCUACGCAGCAGCCAAAGAAGGAGCCGGUAUCUGAAGUAAGCAAGGUUGUGAUAAACGAGAGGAAAGCUGCCACCUUUGCUCCGGUACCACCCCAGAUCGAAAAUAUGUGGACAGCCAAUGCUGUGCCAAGGUCAAUGGUUGAACAGGAGCUACCAGAUUGUGUCAGACCUGCUGGAAAGACUCAACUCCCAGACAACCCUGUUGUUCUCUAUACUGUGGCGGACCAUGUGCUGCUGUCUCGGUGGAAGGAGUUUGUGCGACGCCUGGGGCUGAGUGACUAUGAGAUUGAGCGAAUCGAGCUGGAGCAGCGGCGCGUGCGGGAUGCCCAAUACGAGAUGCUGAGACAAUGGAGGCUGCAGAUGGGCCAGGGUGCCACAGUGGAGCGCAUCAGCUACGUCCUCAACCAGAUGGAGCUGAGUGGUUGCAGCGAGGCUAUCCAGGAGGCACUGGCCGGGCAGCCCUAACCCCCAUUCAUACCUCCUGCACAGGCAACUCUAACCUCUUCUGCUUUAGUGCUCCCUUCUCUAGCUCUGUCCCUCCUCUUCAGAGAGGAUUCUAAUCCACUCUUUCUUUCUUGUGCGUCUC